AUGGGGGGGAUUUUGUCCCCAUGGGGGGUUAAAUGGGGGAAAAACCCUCCCCAUCGGGUCUGGCGGAGGCGGGUCUCCAACUCCAACCCUUCACUCUCCCCGUCUCCCGAGUCCAGCAGCCGCCGGGGCGAGCGAGUAGCGACGCACGCCCACCAUCUCUCCUCUCCUCCCUCGACCCUCUCGCUCAGAUCCAUUGUCCUCGCCGGUCGUCCCUGUGCCAUGGCUUCGUCCCUUGAGCAGGCACCCAUGACUAGCACUGAUGGUGACGAAAGAAGAUUUACAUCAUCUCCAGGGAGUGGAAGUAGCAACCAAUCACAAGCACAACAUGAAUCUGUUAAUGACUCAGAGCCGAUACAAAUUGAAGAUGAUGAUGUGAUUGAGGAGGAUACAGAUUUUGGCACAAAGAGGAAGCUUACUUCUGCUGUUUGGAAAGAGUUCAAGAAACUGAAAGUGUUGGGUGAAGUUAAGGCUCAGUGCACUCAUUGCCACAAGAAGCUAUCAGGGAAAAGUUCAAGUGGAACAAAACAUCUCCAUGAUCAUCUAGCUAUCUGUACAUUGAGAAAGAUCAAGUUGGCAGGGAAGAACAAGACACUAGCACAAUCUGCUUUGAGGUUUAGUUCCAAGGAGGGAGGCAAGGUAUCUGUGGAGAAUUAUACAUUUGACCCAGAAGUUGCUAGGAAAGAGCUUGCUACUAUGAUUACACUGCAUGAGUAUCCUUUAUCUAUUGUUGAUCAUGUUGGCUUCAGAAGGUUUGUGAGUGCACUUCAACCAUUAUUCAAGAUGAUGACCCGGAACACUAUAAGGAAGGAUAUUAUGGAUGCAUAUUUAGAAGAAAGAAAAAAGGCACAAGAGUACAUGGCUGCAACUAAGUCAAAAGUGGCUAUUACUACAGACAUGUGGACCUCUGAUAACCAGAAAAGAGGUUACAUGGCUGUGACAGCCCAUUUCAUUGAUGAUUCUUGGAUGCUUAGAAACAUUAUCAUGAGGUUUAUAUAUGUGCCAGCUCCACAUACAGCUGAAAUCAUUUGUGAUGUGUUGUACGACGCUUUGGUUGAAUGGAAUCUAGAUGAGAAGGUCUCAACUAUCACGCUUGACAAUUGCACUACAAAUGAUAAGGUAAUUACUGACCUUAUCAAGAAGCUCGGUAAAGAAAAACUUAUGCUGGAAGGGAAACUGUUGCAUAUGCGGUGUGCUGCACAUAUUCUCAAUUUGAUUGUUAAGGAUGGGUUAGAGGUGAUACAACCUGCAAUCUCAAAAAUCCGUGAUAGUGUUGCCUUUUGGACAGCCACACCUAAAAGGGUUGAAAAAUUUGCAGAAAUAGCUAAAUAUGUCAAAGUCCCUAUUGAGAACAAGUUAGGCCUUGAUUGCAAAACUAGAUGGAACUCUACAUAUAAGAUGCUUAGUGUUGCAUUAAAUUAUGUGGCUGUUUUCAACCGUGCAAGUCGUGUUGAUAAGCUUUAUGAUUGUGCUCCAAGUAUGGAUGAUUGGGCUUUUGCUAGAGAGGUGGUUCAGAGGCUUAAGAUGUUCAAUGAUAUUACUGCAGUAUUUUCUGGAACUAAUUAUGUGACUGCAAAUGUUCAACUCCUUAAAAUUUGUGAAGCCAAAGUUCAAAUGAGGCAGUGGUCUGUAUGUGGUAACCCCAUAAUAGAGCAAAUGUCAGCUAACAUGAUUGAGAAGUUUGAUAAGUAUUGGAUAGAGAUUCAAGGAAUAAUGGGAAUAGCAACUAUUCUUGAUCCUCGGUUUAAGACCGAUUACCUUCUUGGGUUCAUUGAGUCAAUAACUGGGGAGGAUUCUGAAGUGUGUGCAGAGCAGGUUCGAGAAAUUACAGAUUCUCUUUGUGAUUUGAUGAAAGGAUACGAAUUGGAAGAGGAUGGAGAUAACACAGAGUCAUCUGCUCCUCCACUUGCUAGUUCUGAUGUAUUGUCUAGCAUCAGUGCACGUGUUGCCACUAGAAGGCCAACAAUGGCAAAUUUAAAAUCAGAGCUGGACAGAUACUUGGAGGAUGAGCUGGUCUCAAUAGCAACAGAAAACUUUCAGAUUCUUGAUUGGUGGAAGGUGAUUGGUGGGACACGCUAUCGUACACUGAGAAAGAUUGCACGUGACUUAUUUGCUGUUCCUGUUAGCACAGUUGCAUCAGAAUCUGCUUUUAGCACUAGUGGAAGGGUUCUUAGUGAUCACCGUAGCAGGCUUACUCCAGAUAUUUUGGAGGCAUUGAUGUGUUCCCAAAAUUGGCUACGAAAUAAGUAUCAAGAUGAUAAUGAAGACAAUGAUGCAAGCUUUUGGAGUUGUCUUCAAGAGAUUCAAGAUGGAAUGGAGGGGCUCGCACUAUUCUGA